AUGGCAACAAUCAACGACCAUCGGAACGUAAUGAAGCUCGUCGAGAAGGGUAGGCUGCAUUGCUACACACAAAUUGCCAAUCCUCUCAAGCAGCUAAAGGAGGUUUUCCGCCACCUGCCACUGAAUAUGAAUCCGCAGCACCAACAGGAGGAGCUGGGAGUCACUGACUGCUCAACGAUUUCGUGGCUGUUGUCGGACGGGAGCGAAGCUGACGACGUGGCCGGGCUGCGGCGCGUGCUCGCCAACGGCACUCUUCUGCUGGAACCCUUCUCCGCCGAGGAGUACCGUCCGGAAGUUCACAGCGCCGCCUACCGCUGCGCCGCCUCCAACAUUGUCGGCACCAUCGUCAGCCGCCGCGUGCAGGUCAGGGCAGCGGUGGUGAAACAGUACUACGAGGUGCAGGUGUACGACGAGUUCGUGAUGGCUGGCAACACUGCUGUGUUGCGGUGUCACGUGCCCUCUUUUGUCAGAGAUUACGUCGCCGUCACGUCAUGGUUACGUGGUACGCGCGAUCGCAUUGUCACCGAUAUAGACACAGGCGGGAGGUACUCGGUAUUCUCGUCAGGGGAGCUGCACAUCCGCCAGGUGCAGCCGUCCGACGGAGUGCUUGCCUACCGCUGCGAGACGCAACACCUGCUGACGGGCGAGCACCGCCUCAGCGCAGUCGCGGGCAGGCUGCUCGUGACGUCACCGCAGAAUUCGGUGCCGCCACGUAUCACCGAUUCGCGGAGCCAUGUUCAGGCCCACUACCGCCAGCCGGUUGAGCUGCCGUGCGCUGCACAGGGCUUCCCGCUGCCGUCCUACAUAUGGUUCCGCAGCCACGGAGGGUCGAGCUCGCCAGUGGCGCUGGGAGAGCGAAUCCGACAAGUGGGCGGCAGCCUCUUCCUACGCAGCGCACACAUCGAGGACUCCGGCCGCUACAUGUGCGUAGUCAACAACUCCGUGGGCGCUGAGCGCGCCUCCACUUCGCUGCUCGUCACCACGCCGCUGUCUGCGUACAUCAGCCCUCAGCAACAGACGGUGGACGUGGGCCGUGCCGCGCAGCUCAACUGCACCACGGAGGGGCAUCCGCAGCUGGCCGUUUCCUGGCUCAAGGAUGGCCACCCGCUCACCACUUCGUCAAGAGUACGACUCGUCGCACCGCAGAUUUUGAGAAUUGAGCAUGUGGAGAGGUCGGAUAAAGGCAUGUACCAGUGCGUCGUGUCCAACAACGACGAGACAGCACAGGGAACAGCUGAACUGAGACUGGGCGACUCCAAAUACUUCGAUAUUUGUAAUACGUUUUGUUUAGUGAAUGCAAAAACUUAG